AUGGCAUCAAAUUCACUUAAAAUCGAUAAUUUCAUAAAAUUUGUUGAUAUAGAUGAUAAAGAUCCUCAUCCUAUGCUCAUACCUUCCAAAUCAAUGUUCGACUCAAACAACCCCACUGAACUAUGUGAAUAUGCAGCA